AAGAGCGCCUGGAUCCAGCCGACAGACGCGGGUGCGUGGUCGUCCGGCAAGUGAGCGAUUUGGUGAACAGACACUCCCUUCUGUAGCCAUGGAUUGUUACAGAAAUUCACUAAGCAGUUCCUGGAUUUACCCCACUGUGAUCCUCUGCUUAUUUGGUUUUUUCUCCAUGAUGAGACCCUCAGAACCAUUCCUUAUCCCAUAUUUAUCUGGACCAGAUAAAAACCUGACCAGUGCAGAGAUAACAAAUGAGAUCUUCCCCGUUUGGACAUACUCCUACCUAGUGCUGCUGCUGCCUGUGUUUGUCCUCACCGAUUAUGUCCGCUACAAGCCAGUCAUCAUCUUGCAAGGUAUCAGUUUCAUCAUUACCUGGCUGCUGCUGUUGUUUGGCCAAGGAGUGAAGACCAUGCAGGUUGUAGAGUUCUUCUAUGGGAUGGUCACUGCCACCGAGGUGGCCUACUACGCCUACAUAUACAGCGUGGUCAGCCCCGAGCACUACCAGAGAGUGAGCGGCUACUGCAGGAGCGUCACGCUGGCCGCCUACACAGCAGGGUCCGUGCUGGCUCAACUCUUGGUAUCCCUGGCGAACCUGUCGUACUUUUACCUCCACGUCAUAUCCUUGGCCUCGGUCUCCGUGGCCUUCCUUUUCUCACUUUUCCUACCAAUGCCCAAGAAAAGCAUGUUUUUUCAUGCAAAACCCAGCAGAGAAAUAAAGAAGUCAUCAAGCGUGAAGCCAGUAUUAGAGGAAACUCACGGAGGUGAAGCACCAGGCUGUGAAGAGCAGAAACCCACAUCAGAAAUACUCAGCACUUCAGGGAAGCUGAAUAAGGGCCAGCUGAACAGCCUGAAACCAAGCAGUGUGACUGUGGAAGUUUUUGUGCAGUGGUUCCAAGAUCUGAAGGAGUGCUACUCCUCAAAACGUCUUUUCUACUGGUCUCUAUGGUGGGCUUUCGCCACAGCAGGUUUUAACCAGGUUUUGAACUAUGUUCAAAUCCUGUGGGAUUACAAGGCGCCAUCCCAAGAUUCUUCCAUCUAUAAUGGGGCCGUAGAAGCUAUUGCAACCUUUGGAGGGGCUGUGGCUGCCUUUGCAGUGGGUUAUGUGAAAGUCAACUGGGACCUUCUGGGAGAGCUGGCUCUGGCGGUCUUCUCAGUUGUCAGUGCCGGUUCUUUAUUUCUCAUGCAUUACACAGCCAAUAUCUGGGCGUGCUAUGCUGGUUAUUUGAUAUUCAAGUCCAGCUAUAUGCUUCUUAUAACCAUAGCAGUAUUUCAGAUUGCAGUUAAUCUGAAUGUGGAACGCUAUGCCCUGGUAUUUGGAAUCAACACCUUUAUUGCCUUGGUGAUUCAGACCAUCAUGACUGUGAUUGUAGUAGAUCAGAGAGGGCUCAACUUGCCAGUCAGCAUUCAGUUUUUAGUUUAUGGGAGCUAUUUUGCAGUAAUUGCUGGAAUUUUCCUAAUGAGAAGCAUGUAUAUUAUCUACUCAACCAAAUCCCAGAAGGAUGUACAGAGCCCUGCUCCAAGUGAGAAUCCAGAUGUGUCUCACCCAGAGGAAGAGAGUAAUAUCAUCAUGUCAACAAAACUCUAACCGCAUUGCAACAAAUGCAGCAGUGGCUUUCAAAGUUAUGCAAUAAUAAGGAAGGAUUUUGAGAUGGGUGGCAUAUGUUUUGCCAUAACUUGCCAUGCUUUGCAAAUCUGGAUUCCAAUGGGCCUUUCAAAACCACAACAAAACCUCAGUUUUAGAUGAGUUCUCUAUGUGACCAAUUUUGCUGGAUGCAAUUGACAGGACCCAUCAUCAUAAUUAAACAACCCAUAUUGGGGACCCCCUGUGACUAGUAGCAGCUGGAAAAUUCUGGUUUUUAUCACUUGUAAGGACAUGCAGAUGGCGUGGAACCAAACCAUAAGAAAACUCCAGCCAUCCUGGAGUUGAUAUUCACCAUUUGUGAGGAGAAGUACUAACUGGACUGACCCUAUUGCUUGGCUUAAAUACUUAUUUGAUCUUACCAAAGAAGUCAACACAUGGGACCUUUUUGUCACAGGAGCCAUUUUCUUUCCUCUCCUAAUAAGUGUAUUUCUGUUUAAGUUACAGUUCUCUAAGAGAAUUACAAUGUUUGUCCCAUUUCUAAGGGCUCCUCUUCAACUCUAAUAACAGCAUUAUUCACAAGUUAUGAUUUGAUAGUAUUAUUAUUUAAUUUUUUUAUGAUUAUUUUCCAUUUUGUGCUCUGAGUUUUGCUGUUGAAAGUCUACCUCAAGAAUAGCUUCAGAUCCUCUUGUGUAUUUGCAGAAUACACAAGGUCAUUUCCCAGUGGCCUGGGAGAGGCAGUGAGGCUUCUCUCCACCACCAUAUAGAAGUGUUAAUGCAUCUAUGGGCCAGGUGCAGUGGCUCACUCCUGUAAUCCCAGCAAUUUGGGAGGCCAAGGUGGGAGUUUUGCUUGAGGCCAGAGGUUCAAGACCAGCCUGGGCAACACAGUGACACCUGACUCUACUAAAAAAUUAAAAAAUUAGCUGGGCAGCGUGGUGUGUGCCUGUAGUCUCAGCUACUUGGGAAGCCAUAGUGGGAAGAUGGGUUGAGCACAGGAGUCAGAGGCUGCAGUGAGCUUUGAUUGCACCACUGCACUCCAGCCUGGACAACAGAGUAAGACUGUCAUCCCUCUCCUCCCAAAAAAGAGCACCUGUGUGAUGUCUGUCUAAAUUAGGAAAACUUAAAGGAGAUUUCUAGAAGUAUUAGAAAUAAGAAAACACUGAUGGAGGGAGUGGAAUAAAACACCUGAUUUUGUUUUGUUUUGUUUUGUUUUUUGAGACAGAGUCUCACUCUCUCACCCAGGCUGGAAUGCAGUGGCGUGAUCUUGGCUCACUGCAAACUCCACCUCCUGGGUUCAAGCCAUUCUCCUGCCUCAGCCUCCCAAGUAGCUGGGACUAUGGGUGCACACCACCACGCCCAGCUGAUUUUUGUAUUUUUAGUAGAGAUGAGGUUUCACCACGUUGGCCAGGCUGGUCUCAAACUCCUGACUUCCGGUGAUCUGCCUGCUUCGGCCUCCCAAAGAGCUGAGAUUACAGGCGUGAACCACCAUGCCCGGCCAAAACACCUGAUUUUUAAAUGGUAGCAAUUGUGCUAAAUAAAAUGUGUCAAAAUUUUAAAGAGUUGUUAACAUUUUUUGAUGAAUUCUGCUGAAAAUUAUCUGAACAUAUCUGUUUUUUGAAACUUCAAGAAACUUCAAUAAGGGAUGCAUUGAGCAGUCUGACAGUGAGAAUAAAGAAUGCUGAGUCAAGAUUUAUAUUAGGACUGGCAGCUGUGGCUCACACCUGUAGUCCCAGCAUUUUGGGAGGCUGAGGUGAGAGGUUAAUUUGAGGAUAGGGGUAUGAGACCAUCUUGGCCAACAUAGCAAGACCCUGUCUCUAAAACAAACAAAAAAAUUUUUAAUUGCAUUUUGAUAUGGUUUGGAUCUGUGUCCCCACCAAAUCUCAUGUUGAAGUGUAAUCCCCAGUGUUACAGGUGGGGCCGGCUAGGAGGCAACUGGAUCAUUGGGGUGAAUCCUUCAUGAGUAGUUUAGCACCAUCCCCUCUGCUGUUCUCAUGACAGCGAGUUAUCGCAAGAUCUGGUUGUUUAAAAGUAUGUAGCACCUCCCUGCUCUCUCUUUCUCCUGCUUUGGCCAUGUGGAGAUGCCUGCUCCCACUUUGCCUUCCGCCAUGAGUAAAAACUCCCUGAGGACUCCACAGAAGCAGAUGCUGCCACGCUUCCUAUGUAGCUUGUGAGGCAAUUAAACCCCUUUUCCUACAAAUUAUCUAGUCUCAGGCAUUUCUUUAUAGCAAUGUGAUAAUGGACUAAUAUGUUUCUCAAGUAUACUCCUCUCCAAAUCCCCAAAUUCAUUCACUGGACUAAGAUCCAGCCCAAGAAUCAAUGCACUCACUUAGUGGAGAAAACUAAUAACAUUCCUACUUACAUUAAAGGCAAGGAAGGAAUGGCCGCUAUUCUUCUUCUUCUUUUUCUUCUUCUUUUUUUUUUUUUUUUGAUAGAAUCUUGCUCUGUCACCCAGGCUGGAGUGCAAUGACACAAUCUCAGCUCACCGCAACCUCCGCCUCCCAGGUUCAAACAAUUCUCCUGCCUCAGCCUCCUGACUAGCUGGGAUUACAGGCGUGCGCCACCACGCCUGGCUAAUUUUUGUAUAUUUAGUAGAGACGGGGUUUCACCAUGUUGGUCAGGCUGGUUUCAAACUCCUGGUCUCAGGUGAUCUGCCCGUCUCGGCCUCCCAAAGUGUUGGGAUUACAGGCUUGAGCCACCUCGCACCCAGUCUAUUAUCCUUCUAUUUUAACUUAUUAUUCUGGAAGCAUUAGGCAUCACAAUUAGACAAGCAAGAAAAAUCAGAGGUCAAAAAUUGGAAAGGAGGCCAGGUGCAGUGGCUCAUGCCUGUAAUCCCAACACUUUGGGAGGCUGAGGCAGACAGAUCACAUGAGGCCGGGAAUUGGAAGCAAGCCUGGGCAACAUGGUGAAACCCUGUAUGUACUGAAAACAACAAAAUUAGCUGGGUGUGGUCCAUGCCUGUAAUCCCAGCCAUUCGGUGGCUGAAGCAUAAGAGUCACUUAAACCCGGGAGGCAGAGAUUGCAGUGAGUUGAGAUUGUGCCACUGCACUCCAGCCUGAGUGACAGAGUGAGACCCAAAGGGGACAAAAAAAUGCAUUAUGAUUCAUUCACAUAUUCACCUAUAACAAAAUUAACUGCUAAAAAAUGAGGAAGAUUUUUAGUGACACAGAACUCUAAGAGCUCUACUAUCAAGUGGAAAAAAGUCAAGCACCAAAGUAAUAAUGAACGCGGCAACUCAGCAUUUGUAUAAAAAGGACAAAAAUAUCUGUAUUGGCUUAUAUAUGCAUAUAACUUUUCUGAAAAGACAAAUGAGGCCUGGCACGGUGGCUCAUGCCUGUAAUCCUAGCACUUUGGGAGGCUGAGGCAGGUGGAUCGCUUGAGUUCAGGAGUUCAAGACCAGCCUGGGCAACAUGGUAAAACCCUGUCUCUACAAAAAAUACAAAAAUUAGCUGGGCAUGGUGGCUUGCACCUGGACUCCCAGCUGCUUGAGGGGAUGAGAAGGGAGAAUCGCUUGAGCCCAGGAGGUGGAGGUUGCAGUGAGCUGAGAUUGCACCACUGCACUCCAGCCUGGGUGACAGAGUGAGACCCUGUCUCGAACAAACAAACCAACAAUCAAACAAAUAAAUAAAUAAACAAAUGAAACUCAUACCAA